AUGAAUCUGCCUUCGAUAUCCCUCCUCCUUCUGUGGUGCUUUUUAGGCUUGUCUACUGCACAGAACGAUCCAAUCAAAGAUUUCUGCCGGAGAUGGGGCCACCAGACGGCUGUAGUUGAUCGAAAGCUGUAUAUUGAUGGGGGUUUAAUUAACUUCCAGCCAUCAGCAGAAAAUGCAAGCUACACAAAUCUUACAUAUAAUGACCUUAGUUCGGUAUCGGAGCAUGGAAUGCCACCAUUCUAUACCAACCUUUCGAAGAGCAAUAGUAUACCGAGCGUGCAUGGCGGCAUCCUGUGGGAGGACUCUGUGAAUAAGCGGCUAUACCUGUACGGCGGCGAAUACUACAGAAAACCCCCUCCACCCUUCAGAUUAUACAGCUAUGAUAUUCUCUACAACACCUGGAAGUCACUUCGUCGUCCCCCAGAAGAAAUUAAAGCGGCUAGCUAUGGAGCUGGCGUCUCAAUUCCUGAAAGGGGAGAGGCAUACUACUACGGUGGAUGGCUAAGUAAUGCAUCCGUUAAAGGAUGGAAAGGUCCACCGAGGGCCUCCAAUGGAUUAAUAACAUAUUAUAUGGAUAUUAAUCACCUCCAGAACCUUGAGGGACCAGACCAUAUUGGUAGAGCAGAAGGGGUAAUGGUCUAUAUCCCAAUCGGAGAUCUUGGGGUACUAGUCUACUUUGGUGGUAGUAAGGACCUAUAUGGAAAUGGAACCUUAACACCACAGCCCUUGAAUGAAAUCUUCUUGUUUGAUAUCGCGAACCAGAUAUGGUACACCCAGAAGACUUCCGGCAGCACUCCCCAGAACAGGAGGCGCUUCUGCGGCGGCGUGACCUGGGAUAAAGAUCGGUCUAGCUAUAAUAUCUAUAUCUAUGGUGGCGCAGGCUUCCCUCCAGACACUAUAGGCUACGACGAUCUAUAUAUCCUUACUCUCCCAACUUUCCAGUGGAUACGGGGCCCCUACCUAUCCUACAAUAAUGGCACUGGAACCUAUCCCAAAAGUAUGAUGAGUUGCAAUGUGGUCGAUAAUGCACAGAUGCUCGUUAUUGGUGGCACCUACUUGAAUGCCACUGAAGACAUAUGCGAUGUCCCUAUCAUCCAAGGAGUACACAAUAUUGACUUAGGCAAACAAAACCAGGACAACGUCAUCUGGGCGGAGUAUAAUCCCGACUUAACUACCUAUGUCGUACCCACUGAUAUCCUAAAGGCUGUGGUGGAUUAUGACGGUAGCGGAACGACUAAGACGGUGCCAGUCAGCGGAUUUGACACUUUAGAUGUGGCCGUCAUAAUGAAACGCACGGCGCGGUCGGUAUCAAGAGCCGCGACGCGUCCAACUGACAGCACUGCCACCGCGACGCGCCCAGCUGGUAACAAUACCCCAGCGUCUAAGCCUCCAAUACACUCAAGCAUACGAUCACCAUAUCUAAGUGCAGGGAGUAUAGCAGGCAUUGCGGUAGGCUGUAUCAUGGUUCUAGUCCUCGCGCUGGUGGGAUGUUUCUUUCUUACCUACCGCCGAAAGAAAUACUAUAACCAUAAUCAGGAGGCGACAGAGCCAUCAAUCCCUGCUGAGCUGGCGAGUGAGACUAGGCUGCCCUACAGAGAUUGGAGGAUAAGUCUCAUUGGGAGUAAGUUCCGGAGCGUUAGCUCUCGGGAUGCACCUGUUGAGCUGGCAUGUGAGAGGGAGCAAGAUCAUGGACGCCAGAGCAUUGCUCCCAUAAGCGGCACAAUUGAGAGUGGCUCUGGGGACGCACCUGUUGAGCUGGCAUGUGAAAGGGAGCCAAAGCAUGGAAGUGAGAGUAUUGACCCUACCAGCAGUAGAACUAAGAGUGGCUCAGAGGCUGCCGCUGGUAAUAACUAA